AUGGCUACGGCGGCCUUACUCCACUCGUCGUCGCCGCACUCGCACCACCCGCGCUAUCACCAGGCCGCUCCCGCCGGCAUCAUGUCGACCCCAGCGACGGCGACGAUCGCGGAGGACGAGCUGAUGGACCUGUUCGCAUCGGACACCUUCUCGCUCGAGUCGGCGCGUGACCGCGACCUGAUGGCCUUGUCCAAAGUGCUGCAGACCUCUCUGCCCAGCUCGCCGCCACUGGCUCAUGCAAUGGUGCCGACGUCCGUCACCUCUACCGGGCCGGGUGCCAGCUCCGGCUCGAGCUCGCGGCAGUUUGGCGCAAGUGGCGCUCAGGCCCAAUGGAUCACCUCGCACCAAGGAUACGGCAAUGGCUACGGCAGCGGCUACCCACACGAGGCCAGUAGCAACAAUGGAUGGAGACCCGAUGCAUCCACUUCGGCAUCCGCGUACCUGCACCACGGCGCUCCGACCUGCACGCCUUCUUCGUCGUUCAACCCUGCGCAAGCCGGCUUCGGCGCCGUGGGAGCCGGCUCUCACUUCGGCCAAGUCCCUCCGCCCCCGACACCCCAAGGCACACCCAUGUCGUACUAUGCCCAUCUCCCUUCGCCCAACCUGGAUUCGUCGUCACGUAAUCUAUCCGCGUUCCCCAUGAACGGUAUGGCCGUCAACGCGGCGCCUUUGGCCGGGUGUCGAGCACCCGCGGUUUCCCGAGAACGGGCGCCAGCCGACAUCCCGGCGAACGAAUGGUCCAGUCGACUCCGCAGUGCGAGUUCGGCGGGAGGAUACGCGAUACGACCUCCAUCUUACGAAGAUGCGACUUCCGUAACGAGAAUGUCGAGAUCGGGUGCAACGCCGAAUGGAAGGGGAAGGCGAGUCGACGACGACGACGACAACGACGAUGCCAUGAUGGGCGAAAGGGAAUCGGGCGAUGGCUCUUCGACGUCGCAGGGUUGGCCGGCCAGAUUCUAA